GUAACAGCCAGCAGCGCAGCCGCGCGCGCUCCAGUUCCACUUCCAACGACACGUCCCGAAAAGGCCCAGCAAAUCCCCUCCCCCCGCACACACACACACCCACAUCACCCCCCGUACAUGCGCGAGCGUGCGCCCGUAACGGCGGGGAUGAGAACCGCAUGCUCCAACACCGGACUCCGACGAGGAAAGAGAGAGAGAGAGAGCGAGGAGUUGGAGCUCGUCCCCAUCCAACCGUGCGUGCGUGCCGCCCGCGCGCGCGCCUGGCGGUUGGUGGACCACGACCUCGAUCGUCCCGUGUCGUCCAACGCAACGCAUGCGGGGGAAUGGAAAAACCACCGCGAAAACGCCCAAGAAAACCUCGCGCCGGAAACGCCUCUCGCGCGCCCCCGCCCCCGCCCCGUCCACCUAACGCGAACAGACGACGCACGCGCCGCGGGCUUUAUAUCCUCCCGCGAGCGCGAGUCCCCAUCGCGCGGCCGUCGCCGAUCGACGAGAUGCUGAUUCACGGGGAGGGCUCGUCGUCGUCGGCGGCGGCGGCGGGGGGGAAGAUCAAGGGGUCGUGGAGCCCGGAGGAGGACGAGCAGCUGAGAGGGGCGGUGGCGAGGCACGGGCCGAGGAACUGGACGGCGAUCAGCGAGGAGGUGCCCGGGAGGUCGGGGAAGUCGUGCCGGCUGCGGUGGUGCAACCAGCUCAGCCCCGGGGUGCACCGCCGCCCCUUCACCCCCGACGAGGACGCGCUCAUCGUCGCCGCCCACGCCAAGUACGGCAACAAGUGGGCCACCAUCGCGCGCCUCCUCGACGGCCGCACCGACAACUCCGUCAAGAACCACUGGAACUCCUCGCUCCGCCGCAACCGCAGGGCCGCCGCCGCGGCCGCCGCGGCGGCUGCAUCCGUGUCGUACCAGUCCAUGGAUCUCACCGAGGAGGCCGACAACGACGACGAGGGCACCAGCGACGACUCGGUGGCGAUCCCUGCGCAGUCGUCGCCGGCGGCGGUCGUCGCUGGUGUCCCUGUGCUUCCGCCGCCGCCGCCCCCGGCCAAGAGGCUGUGCGUGGCGCCGCCCACCGGCGUGGAGCACCGGGCUCCGCCGCCCGACCCGCCUACGUCGCUGUCGCUCAGCCCGCCGGGCGCCGCCGCCGCCGCCAUCUCAGCCUCCACCGUGGUCGGCGGGUCGUCGGCGGCGCGCGCGGAGGAGGAGGCCGUGGCGAGGGAGAAGGCGAGGAUGGAGCAGGACCCGUGGCUGAUGGCGAUGAUGCGGCAGAUGAUCACCGAGGAGGUGCAGCGGCAGGUGAGCGUGGUGUACUCGCUGGUGGCAUCCUCCGCGGCGAUGGCGGCACAGACGGGCAACGCCGGCGGCGUCGGCCGGAAAGGGCCCGACGGCCGCCCAUCCAACGGUCAGGAUUGAUUGAUCAACCGAUCAUAGAUCUCUAAUCUUGAUUCAUCUUCUUGUAGUUGUUGCAUUGCAUUUACAUUGCAAAGCCUUUUCCAUUUCCAACUCAAAACAAACUUGUUGCUGUUGGUUAGUUCAUCAAUUACUCCAUUUCCAUCCUUUUGUUACUCAAAUAAUAAUAUAUAGUUUAUUAGCUUAGUUAGCUUAUUAAUCUCAUGUAAUUACUUGAGAAUUUUGUAAGGCUCGGUUUUUUUUUUCUCGUGUGAUUAAAUUAGUUAGAGCCGGUUUGAUGUGGGUA